AUGGGAUCUGUGAAAGCCAUUUCCGAAAUGGAAGAUUUCUAUGAGCUACUUGGUGUUUCGAAAACAGCUACUGAAUCAGAAAUCAAAAAUUCUUACCGGAAGUUAGCUUUAAAGUACCAUCCGGAUCGAAAUCCCAAUGACGAAGAAGCGCAAGAAAAAUUCAAAAAAAUAUCUAUUGCUUAUUCUGUGCUUUCUGAUCCAAACAAGCGUCGUCAGUAUGAUGUCAGUGGUCCAAGCACAAACCAAAUUGAUUUCGAGGGAUUUGAUGUUAGUGAAAUGGGAAAAAUGGGUCGAUUUUUUGGAGCUAUUUUCAAUAAACUUGGAGUUCCCAUUCCGACUCAAAUUGUACCCAAAGUCUUGGCACAAGCUCGUUACUUGGUCGAGGGAAAGAAAUGUGAAGUGGAGGCCAAGGAACUUCUACCUGGUCAACCUAUCACAGCCAGUGUUGGUAAACAGGAAGCCGAUUUCUAUGUAAUCGAUAUAAACAGUGCAUACGCCAAAAAUGGUGUGAGCAUCAUAUGCAAAUCUCCAUCUGCCAGCAAGUUCAAGCUCGUUCUUUUCGAUAGAGAAGGAGGCGUCCGUAUGAUUCAGGAAAGUAGAAAGAAGAAGUCUGGAACUCAAGCUGAGAUGUUUUUCAUGCCUCAAACCAUAUCUAACCUAGGCGAAUUCGUUCCUAUGAAGUUCCAUUUGGAGGACAAGGAUACUCCUUUGACUUUCCAUUAUUUGGACACUCUGGAAACCCAGACGGCUCAAUUAUUAGACAACCGAAAGCACUUCCUGUGUGUCUAUGGUGAUAAUUGGCUGAAUUUAGUAAAAUACACAAUCACGUUCUUACCUAUCGCCGAUGAGAGCAUAGAAGUGUUCAAUGAGAUCACCACGAAUGAACGCGUUCUCUUACAAAAGAAAACAGAAAUGGCGAAGUUCCAAAACGAGUACACUGAAGCCGUUAGAAAGUAUGAAGCUGCAGUUGAGCGUUUGAAGCAAGAAGACAAAGCCAUCAGUAAAUUAAUAAAAGAAAGGGAAGAAUACUAUGACGAUGCCAUUUCAAAAUCACAAGCAAAGUUCGCUAACCAGAUUUCUCCCAGCAAGCAGUCGAAAUUGCUUUUCGGUCUCUUCGGUUAA